UUUUUCUUCUUCUCAGGGAUAAAAAAAAUUGCAAGGGUAAAUAUAUGCUGUAAAUUUGAACUGUGGAGUUGAGUGAACAUUUUAUGUAGAGUUUAUGUAUGGGUGCUUGUUGAAAAAGUGAGUGAGAUUUACCAAAGAUGUCUGGGAAGCAGGUGGAGAAGGAAAAGAUGGGAGUCACCAGUGACCCCACAAUGGACCUGAAUGAAAAGGGUUUCUUCAGGCCAUAUGUGAUGAAGCUGACAAGUCAGCACCUGAACCAAAGAGUGCUGGACACCUUCCAGAAGCUCAACUCAGACUUGGACAGGAUCACAUUCCUUCAUCAAAUGCCCUUUGUGCACACACUCCAAUUGGACAAGUACAGCAGAGGCAAGAGUCUGAAAGAAGCACAGGAGGCCAAAGUCAGAGGCAAUACACACUUUGGCAAAGGGAAGUUCUUUGAAGCUGCCAUGGAAUACACCAGAGGGAUCCUUGCUGCUCCUUGGCCUGCAUCCUACCACCAGCCAGGUUCCUCCUCCUCAUCCUCAUCAGCAUCCUGCCCCAGCAUCAGCACACAAGAUGCCAUCAGUGUCCUCCCAGUGAGCCUUGGCAACAGGUCAGCCUGUCUGUUGCACCUGGGGCUCCACCAGGAGUGCCUGGAGGACAUUGAUGAAGCCAUUUGCCAGGGCUACCCCCAGAAACUCCUGCACAAGCUGCAUGAGAGGGCAGGUGACUGUCACUCACACCUCAUCAACCUUGGGGAAGCCAAGAGGGCUUAUGAGAGUGCCCUGGAAGCACUGGGGGCCAGCAGUGGCCUGGACCAGAAAAAGCAGGACACAUGGGCCACAGCCAUCCUGGAGAAGCUCAAGGAUCUGGAGGCAAAGGGCCAACAAGUUGCUGUCAACCAUCAGCAGCAAUCUUCACCAUCAGGACCAGCAUCAGGCCAAGAUUGCUUAUUUGAGGAUGAUGAGGAAAGACCAGAGCUGACAAAGGGCUGCAAUCCAAAGUUCCCAUCAUUUGCCAAGUCCAUGGUCAUCAAGUACACUUCAGACAAUGGCAGGUACACAGUUGCAGGUGGUCCCAUUCACCCGGGAGAAACCCUGGCCAUUGAAGACCCUAUUGUCACUUGCAUCAUGGCUGAAAAGAGAGGCAUUUACUGCAGCUACUGUCUGAAAAGUGAAGUGGCCUUCUGCUCAAGACAGUGCAGAAGUGCAGCCUGUCAGUCCUACCACAAGUAUGAGUGUGGGAUCCAGAAGCUGCUUGAUGCCUCAGGCAUGAGCAUCACCUGUUGGAUUGCCCUUAGGAUAGUCUCCCAAUCAAGUCUCCAGCAUUUGUACAAGUUGGAGGAAGUCAUGAGGGCCAAGGGCAAGACUCUGGUGCAUGACAGGGCCAAUGAGAGUGAGAGGACAGAAGAUGGAGGCAUGUCCAAUGAUGGCCAGUACUUGUCCAGCAACUAUGAGACCAUUUACAACAUGGAGGACCAUUACAAACAGAGAAGGCCUGCAGACUUCAUCCACAAGGGACUCAUGUCCAUAUUCCUUCUCAAGUGCCUGCAGUUGUCUGGAUACUUUGGCCAGGAGAACAUAAAGUCACCAGAUGAACUGGUGCCUGGAGACAAGUGGAAGCCCCUGACCAAAGAGGAGGCCUUCAUUGGUGCCCUGAUUCUGAGGAAUUUGCAGAUUGUGCAGUUCAAUGUUCAUGAGAUCUCAGACUUCAGAAUGAAGACACCCACCACCUUCAAGGGUGCCAACUCUGUGUCCAUUGGGGCUGGCAUCUACCCAACUGUGUGUCUAAUGAACCAUUCCUGUGGUCCUGGCAUUGUGAGGUACUUCCUGGGCUCCAAGAUGGUGGUCAAGUGCCUGAACAGACUCAAGACUGGAGACCUGGUGUCUGAAAACUACGGGCCGGUGUUCACGAGGAUGCCGGUGUCAGAGAGGCGAGCGACUCUCAGGGCGCGCUAUUGGUUCGACUGCGCCUGCGAGGCCUGCGAGGGGGCGUGGCCAACGUAUGCGGAAAUGUGCGCUAAUGCCCAUGAUUUGCGACUGGUGUGCUCAGCAAGGGACUGCCACAGUGUCAUAGGCAGUGCCACAGAGGAGGAGCCAGUCUUUGUGACCUGCAAAGUCUGUGGCACCAAGACCAAUGUCUUCAAGGUCCUGAAGAAGCUGCAAGCAACUGAGGCAUCAUUCCAGAGUGCCAUGGGGCUGAUUGAAGCAGGCCAUGUCAAGGAUGCCAUGAAGGCCUUCUUUGAACUGUUGGAUGAGCUGGACACCAUGCUGGCCCCACCUUACAAGGACCUGCACCUGUGCCAGGAGUUCAUCAGGAGAUGCAUGCUCACCAUGGGCAGUCACUGGUACCCUGGCAAACUCAGGUUCUCCACCUUCUCAUCAUCCUUGCCUCCAUCAGUCAAAGAAAUAAUGAGUCCCAAUAACUGCUGAUUCCUCCUCUUUUAAAUGCAUGCAUACAACAUACAUACAUAUUAUUAUCUUGGGAGGGGGGUGCUGUCUUUAUCAUCAUCAGAAUUCCAGACUUUAGAUGCCAAGUAUUGCACAUAGGCAGUACAGUAUACACCUAAUUUUUAGGAUAUACAGCAAUAUAAUGCAGAGCCUAAUAGAAUAAAAUUACUGUACCUUUACUUUUUGAAAUAGGAUGAGUUUCUGCUGCUUGCUGAUGCUUGAAUGAGACAUUUGCUCUGUAAAUGCCAAUAGUUUUCAUUUCUAUUAUACAUGAUGUCCAGCAGCAAUUUUGCCUGGAAUUUUAGUACUGAUGUACAGUAUACAUCAGUUAAAUAAUAUAUAGGAAUGCCUGAUUCACUAACCUUCCCCAAGCCUUCAAGCACAUACAUGUACCCCUUUUUGGUGCUGGAACCCAUAUUGUACACCAUUAAUAUAAACAACACAUAUAAUUAAUCAUGAAUGUUUUUGCAUUAUUCAAAGAAACCUCCCAGCUGCUAUAUUCAUUGCUGAAGUUACUUUUCAUGUGAACAUUUUAAUUAUUUAUUUGCAUGACCAUUGAGGUUUUCUUUGUCAAAAUUCAGGAUAAAUAUUGAAAGAAUCAAAAAUAUAUUAUAUGACAGGAUUUGUGUCUGCAUGUGCAAUAUUCAUUUUAAUAAAUUAUUGAAGAAAAAUAAGCAGCAGUUAUCCUUUUUCAGAUGCUGAAUACAAUAAUCAGAAGUUUAGUUUUCUUCAUGAUUGCAGUGAAAGUGCCAUAAUGAUGACAUAGUGUGGGUGUUUGGGGGCAUAUCUUUGUAUUCAGCAGGUGGCAGCCAUCUUCUGAUGCAUGAUGCAUUCAUAGUUCUUUGAAAGGAGGCAGAACAAAGAGGCAGUGUGA